GGUACUGGAAUACCCGCUCCAGAAGCAACAGGUGGUGGUGUCCCAGUCUCGAAAGAAGAAGCCAUGGGUUAUAUUGAUUGAUAUCGUAGAAUCUUUAAAUCAUGUUCUCCAGAAGUUUCUCUUAAAUUUCCACUCCACCCUUCCCUUUAAUAGAUUUCAGAACGGUCAUCCCUUUAAACGGCUCAAUUAGUUUAAUCCUGAGUUCAAGGCGAACCGAGUGGGUCCCUGCAGUCUUUGGAUACAUAGGCUAUCUUUUUUUUAAUUCUUCCAACAUUACCUUUGCAUUGUCUACCCUUGUGUAGUUUUCGAAAUAUACAUGCUCCUGCAAACAUUCUUGCUAACCAUUUUAAUUGCGAGAUUGGGCCAGGAUGGCACAUGGCGCACGUAAACGGUGAAAUGCCUAUGUAGAAAUUCACAUUUUCCACCAGAGAAGCGUUCCUGUGUUGUUAGUUACGCAUCAAAACCUAUCCGUGGAUUUCAUGGUGGGUUUCUGUGAAGACAUACCGUGGUACUGAACUACAACAUGGAGCGAAAAGACGGCCUUGAUGGGGCGGGCGGGGAUGGCGGCGCCAAGGCAGACUCCGCCUCGGCUGGCGGAGCCAGGAAGAGAGGAGCAAAUGCCAAGAAGGCCAUGCAGGCCAACAAGUCUGCUCUCCGCGCCCCCAGAGCUCUCUGCUGCCUCACUCUUAGCAACCCCAUUCGCAUGGCUGCCCUGGCCCUCGUGGAAUGGAAGCCUUUUGAUAUUUUCAUUCUACUUGCCAUCUUUGCCAACUGUGUGGCCAUGGGGGUAACCAAACCUUACCCAGAUGAUGACUCCAAUGCCACCAACCACCAACUGGAACAAGUGGAGUAUGUCUUUCUUGUAAUCUUCACCAUUGAAACUUUUACAAAAAUUCUGGCCUACGGCUUGGUCAUGCACCCCAGCGCCUACAUACGCAGCGGAUGGAACUUGCUGGAUUUUGUUAUUGUCAUUGUUGGGUUGUUAAGUGUGCUGGGUGAGGGAAUGACCGAACACAAGCCUGGGGAGGCCCACCAUGCUGCAGGAAAGCCAGGAGGCCUGGACGUCAAGGCUCUCCGAGCCUUCAGGGUGCUCCGACCUCUGAGGCUGGUGUCUGGAGUCCCUAGUUUGCAGAUUGUGUUGAACUCCAUCAUGAAGGCCAUGGUUCCCCUGCUUCACAUCGGUCUGCUAGUCAUGUUUGUCAUCAUCAUUUACGCUAUCAUUGGCCUGGAGCUCUUCAUCGGCAGGAUGCACAAGACCUGCUUCUUCUCAGGCACAGAGCUGAACGUGGAUGACGACCCCACACCAUGUGCGUUCGCUGGAAACGGACGCCUGUGUGUCGGCAACGGGACUGAGUGCAGGGGCAAGUGGGAGGGGCCAAACGGUGGGAUCACAAACUUUGACAACAUCUUCUUUGCCAUGUUGACAGUGUUCCAGUGCAUCACCAUGGAAGGCUGGACUGACGUGCUCUACUGGAUGAAUGACGCCAUCGGCUUUGAGCUUCCCUGGGUUUACUUUGUGUCUCUGGUUAUCUUUGGCUCGUUCUUUGUCCUCAACCUUGUAUUGGGAGUGUUGAGCGGAGAGUUCUCCAAGGAGAGAGAGAAGGCUGUGGCCCGUGGAGAGCUGCAGAUGGCUCAGGAGAAGAAGCAGAUGGAAGAGGAUAUGUGUGGCUACAUGGACUGGCUCAUUGAGGCAGAGGAGAAGGACGAGGAUGGAAACAAACGUGCUGCUGUUGCUAAAAAGAAGAUGAUGAAGAAAUUUGGCUGGUACAAACACAAUGAGGAUGGAGAAUCCGAUUCAGACUCGGAGUUUGAGGCAUAUCUAGAUGAUGACAAUGGCUUCUGCGCAUCACUCAUGGCUAAGAUGAUGGCUAACAGUUUCUGUGACCAGCUGUGCCAGCUGAACCAUGCCUUCAGGAAGAACUGUCGUGUCGCAGUCAAGUCCACUAACUUUUACUGGCUGGUGCUGCUCCUGGUGUUCCUCAACACGGUCGCCAGCGCCUCCGAACACUACGGCCAGCCAAAAUGGCUCACCGACGUGCAGGAGCGAGCUAAUAAAGUCCUGUUGAUGCUGUUUACCAUGGAGAUGCUGAUGAAGAUGUACAGCUUCGGGCUGCAGAUCUACUUCAUGGCCCUGUUCAACCGCUUCGACUGCUUCGUUGUGUGCGGUGGCAUCCUGGAGACGCUGCUGGUGGAGAUGGAGUUCAUCCCUCCCAUCGGGAUCUCUGUGCUGCGCUGCGUCCGGCUGCUCAGGAUCUUCAAAGUGACGCGGCACUGGGCUGCUCUGUCAAACUUGGUGAAUUCGCUGCUCAACUCCAUGAAGGCUAUCUGCUCCCUGCUGCUCCUCCUCUUCCUCUUCCUCAUCAUCUUCGCCCUGCUGGGCAUGCAGCUGUUCGGGGGCAAAUUCAACUUUGAUGAGACUCAGAUGAAGAGGAGCACCUUUGACUCCUUCCCUCAGGCUCUGCUUACUUGCUUCCAGAUUCUUACUGGGGAGGACUGGAAUGCUGUCAUGUAUGAUGGCAUCAUGGCAUAUGGAGGACCAUUAUUCCCAAACAUGAUUGUGUGCAUCUACUUUGUCAUCCUCUUCGUUUGUGGCAACUACAUCUUGCUAAACGUCUUCUUGGCUAUCGCUGUAGACAACUUGGCUGGAGAUGGAGGCAAAAAGAAGGUGGAGGAGAAGAAAGAGGAGGACGAUGAGUGGGAAGACGAUGAGGAGCGAGAAGAUGAAGAUGCUGGGAAUGAGAUGGAUGACUGGGAGGAGAACGAGGAACUGAGAGCCAUCGAGGGGCUGGAAGGGGUGGUGCCGCUCAAGCCAGACUUCUCCCCACCUAAAGAGAAGAUUGUCCCCAUUCCUGAUGGAAGCUCCUUCUUCCUGCUGGGGAAGAGAAACUGUCUCCGAGUGGCCUGUCACAACCUCAUCCAUCACCCCUACUUUACCAACCUCAUCCUAGUUUUCAUCAUCCUCGGUAGUAUCUCACUGGCUGCUGAGGAUCCGAUUAGGGCUCAUUCUUUCAGGAACAAUGUGUUAGGAUAUGCUGACUACGUCUUUACCUCGAUCUUCACAGUGGAGAUUGUACUGAAGGUGACAGUGUAUGGAGCCUUCCUGCAUCCAGGGUCCUUCUGUAGGAACGCUUUCAACAUGCUCGACCUGGUGGUCGUCAGUGUGUCUCUCGCCUCCUUCUUCCUCCAUUCGAGUGCCAUCUCUGUGGUAAAGAUUCUCAGAGUGCUGCGAGUGCUCAGGCCUCUUCGAGCCAUCAACCGAGCCAAGGGCCUCAAGAAUGUCGUGCAGUGUGUGUUUGUGGCAAUCCGCACCAUUGGUAACAUCUUGAUUGUCACGACACUUCUCCAGUUCAUGUUCGCUUGCAUUGGAGUGCAGCUUUUCAAGGGGAGAUUCUAUAGAUGUACCGAUGAAGCAAGACAUAAUCCAUACGAGUGCAAGGGCACAUUUGUGGUGUUUAAGGAUGGUGAUAUGAAUCACCCCAUGGUGAAAGAGAGGAUCUGGGAGAACAGUGAAUUCAACUUUGACAAUGUUCUCAUGGGCAUGCUGGCUCUAUUUACGGUGUCCACGUUUGAAGGCUGGCCUCAGCUCCUGUACAAAGCUAUUGAUGCCAAUGCUGUGAACCACGGUCCUAUCUAUAACUACCGGGUGGAGAUCUCCAUCUUCUUCAUCAUCUACAUCAUCAUCAUCGCCUUCUUCAUGAUGAACAUCUUCGUGGGUUUUGUCAUCAUCACCUUCCGUGAACAGGGAGAAUCAGAAUUCAAAAACUGUGAACUCAACAAAAAUCAAAGACAAUGCGUGUACUACGCCCUGAAAGCUCAGCCCAUAAAGAUCUACAUUCCCAAAAACCCGUCUCAGUUGAAGUUCUGGAAGAUCAUCAACUCCAGCCAGUUUGAAUACAUCAUGUUUGUGCUGAUUGUUCUCAAUACCCUCACUUUGGCUGUGCAGCACUAUGAGCAAUCUAAAUUGUUCACCUCCAUUAUGGACAUUCUCAACAUGAUCUUCACUGUUGUCUUCACCUUCGAGAUGAUCAUCAAGCUACUGGCCCUCAGACCUGCUCACUAUUUCAUGGAUGCCUGGAACUCCUUUGAUGCUUUGAUUGUUGUGGGGAGUGUGUUGGACAUUGCAGUGUCUGAAUUAAGUAGUGGAGGUGGGGGUCAUGGAGAGGGCAAAGGGGAAAGCUCUAAAGUGUCAAUCACAUUCUUCCGUCUAUUUCGAGUCAUGCGACUGGUCAAGCUGCUCAGCAAAGGGGAGGGUAUUCGAAUCCUUCUAUGGACCUUUGUCAAGUCCCUACAGGCCUUGCCGUAUGUUGGUUUGCUGAUUGCUAUGAUCUUUUUCAUCUAUGCUGUGAUUGGUAUGCAGACGUUUGGUAAGGUGGCUGUAGACGACAACACACAUAUUAACAGGAACAACAAUUUCCAGACCUUCUUCAUGUCUGUCCUGCUGCUGUUCAGGUGUUCCACCGGGGAGCAGUGGCAGGAGAUCAUGCUGGCUGCCCUGCCAGGCAGGCGCUGUGACCCGGAGUCAGACUUUGAGCCUGGGGAGGAGUUUACCUGCGGCAGCAACCUGGCUUACCUCUACUUCAUCAGCUUCUUCAUGCUCUGUGCUUUCCUGAUCAUUAACUUGUUUAUUGCUGUCAUCAUGGACAACUUUGAGUACUUAACAAGAGACUGGACUGUGUUGGGAACCCAUCACCUGGACGAGUUUAAGAGGGUGUGGUCUGACUACGACCCUGAGGCCACGGGUCGAAUCAAACACAUAGAUGUGAUCACCUUACUGCGCAGGAUCCAACCUCCUCUUGGUUUUGGCAAGCUGUGUCCCCAUCGUGUGGCCUGCAAGAGGCUGGUUGCAAUGAACGUGCCACUACAAAGUGACGGGACAGUCACCUUCAACGCCACUCUGUUUGCCCUUGUCCGAACCUCACUCAAGAUCAAGACUGAAGGGCCUAUUGAUCAGGAGAACGAGGAGUUAAAGGCAGUUAUUAAGAAGAUAUGGAAGCGCACUAAGCCCAAGCUCCUGGAUGAGGUCAUCCCACCCCCUAGAGGGGACGAGGUGACAUGUGGGAAGUUCUAUGCCAGCUUCCUUAUCCAGGACUACUUCAAAAAGUUCCGCAAGAGGAAGGAGAGGGAGAGGAAGAAGAAGGGGAAGGACAAAUCUGCUGCUCUGCAGGCGGGCCUGCGCACCCUGCAGGACCUGGCUCCAGAGAUGCGCCUGGCCAUGGUCUGUGACCUGGAGGAUGAGGAAGGGUUCGAGGGAGAGGUGGAUGAAGAGUUUUUGAGGAAUGACAACGUUUUUGACGGUGGAGAGCCUGGCACCUCUGUUACCAUGACCCCUGCCGCCACCCAAAUGCCCCCCCAUGAGAUGGAGGAGGUUAGUGUGUUCAUCGAGCCUGAGCCCAACGAGGUGAUUGACGAGGUGAUCACAGAGCAGGUGACGGGCAUGUCUGAGGACAGGAGACCAGAGUCCCAGGUGUCAAAUAUCAACGUUGUUGUGGAGCAGCCCCAGAGAUCUGAUCCUGUCCCUUACCGGAUGGACUCAGUUCAAGAAACGUACCCUCCAGAGCCUACCUGGGUGCCUCCAGAGCCAGUGGUGGAGACAGGUGGAGGAGUCGAGGAAGCAGCAGUGGCAGUUGUGAUAUCUGAAGUACAGGUGGUUGAUGCUGGAGAUGUUGGAGCAGGAGGAGGAGGUGAAACCUACACGUCAGAGCAGACAUACUACAGUAGUCAGGAGGCUGCACAGACCACAGUGUCCCAAGAAGGGUAUGUGUAUCAGGAGGUCCCUCAGGAAACCCCUGUACCAUCCAGCCCUGUACCCUCCACCCCUGUACCCUCCACCCCUGUACCCUAUACCCCUGUACCACCGGAGACACAAUACGAACAGAGCCCAGCCCCCAACGUCACCAAUGGGACUGUAGGUGGAGCACCCUAUGGGAAUCACAAUGGGAAUAGCUUAACUGUUACUGGAUACAAUGGCAACAACAGCAUCAAUGGUAAUAGCACGUAUGCAGCUAGCAUCACUAGUAGCAUCAGUGGCUAUACUGGAAACGGAUACAAUGGGAAUGGCUACAAUGGGGACGGCUACAAUGGAAACGGCAGCAUAGUAAGCGGCUACACCGGAAAUGGCAGUACCGGAAACGACGGCACAGGGAAUGGCUACAAUGGAAACGGUACCGGAAUGCAAUUUGUCCGAAGACGCCUCCUGCCUGCCACUCCUUCAGGUCUGAAACCUGCCUUCAACCUCCAGUGUCUAAGGCCGCAGACCAGCAUGGAUGAGAUCCCCGUCCCAGGCACCUACCAGGGGAACUCUCGCUUAGACUCUCGCCGCAGCAGCGUGUCCACCCUGUCCUCGUCCUCCUGGGCCAAUAACACAACAGCAGGCACCACUGCCCCCAGCAUAUCUGGGGGGGCUGGUCGGCGUGGGAGGCUGCUCUACACCCCUAUGAUCGUAGUGGAUGGGGCCGAAAGUUCCCAGCAGGCCAUGUGGGGCGACGGCUCCAGCAACAUCACCAGCAUGCCAGCAAGUGCCCGGCCUGGUUGGUACCCUGGUGCCCAGGCUGGUACCGGGCCCCCAUCGCAGGCUAGGACCUACACCAGUGUGCGGAUGCCGGCCAUUAGCCAAAGUUAUGUGGAGAAAGGCAGCGCAGACAGCCUGGUUGAGUCGAUCUUAAUUUCAGAGGGCUUAGGCCUCUAUGCCAGGGAUCCCAAGUUUGUGAACUUUGCCAAGCGGGAGAUAGCUGAGGCCUGUCACAUGACCAUUGAUGAGAUGGAGAAUGCUGCCACAGACCUGAUCACCCGAGGAGCAAGCCAGGCCAUAGGACGCCUUGAGGAGCAGCUGGCGGAUGAAAUGAUGAUUUCCUACUAAAACAGAGACCAGAAGAAGUGGGGGUGCAAAAGGAAAGUUGGUCAUUGUACACCUAAUGAGAUUGGAUAGAGAGCCAGAUAAAAACAUAGUGUAUUUGACAUUGCAUAUACUGCUGAGGCUCUAUAGACUCAUAUGGUUUCUUGUAAGAGUGCUAAAAAAUGUACUGUAGCCUGCCGAAUAUAAUUACAGUUCUGUGCACAUUGUCAUCAAGUAUCAUUUGAUAUUUUCAAAAGUGGGAUUUUUGCAUUGUACCCAUCAUUUUAUAGAGCAGAUGUUAAGCAUUGAUACAUUGUACAGUUUCUGCUGGUACAGUCCAUUUAUAACCACUGGAAAUUGAUAUGUCUCAUUUUGAAUGUAUAUGCCCUAUGAAGCUAUAAAAGUAUGUAUCUUUUGUAUGGUCAGAACAAGAAGAACAUAAACUGGAAAAUUACAGAUGUUUAAAAUUGGUUUUGCUGUUACAUAAAGACGUAAGUUAUUACUAUGUAUGCAAUAAAUUAUGUUUUUCUCAAGGCUUU